AUGCACAGAAAGAACCCAAUUUCCGUACUCGUUUACAACGCGCUUUUCCCCACCCCCUCGCCCAACGACCCGCCCUCCUUCUCUGCACAUCUCUCCAAGAACCUCGUCGGUGAGGUUCGCAUCGAAACCGCCACUUUCUACGGCUCGCUCGACACCAUUGAAGCGCGAUACCCAGGUCUCAACUACGCGCACGCCCCGCAUCGCAGGCGCCUCGGUCGCUUCCCGCACCACAGAAAGCUGUUCGAUGCCUUCGACAGACUGGGCCUGACCGACAGCGAGAUCCAGGGCUUCUGCAGAUGGGAAGGCACACUCUGGGCGCGGGAACGGUACGAGCGCGACGAGGGUGUAAAGGUGCGGGACACGACGGGCAUGGAGAUCACAGAGUGGGUUGACCGGCGGAGAACAAGUUCUUCUAGAGGGAAGAACGGCAUCAACGUCAAGACCGACAUCGAAGUUGAGAUCGAGGAAAUGCCCUCUUCAACAGAGAUUACCGACCCUGUACGACCUGUAGACACAGAGAUGCAGGAUUCCAGUGACGACGACGACGACGAAGAGGAGGGAGAAGAGCAGGUCCUGGACGAGAGCGUGGGGUUUGCGCUCAACCAGCGGCUCAUGCAGGCGGCAGCGUUGCGAGAGCAGGGCCAGGACGCGCCCAUGGACCCGGAGUGGGAGCAAUAUCUAAAGGAUGCACAAGAGCGGGGCGAGCAUCUCGGUGAGGCAACGAGAGAGGUGCUGAGGACUAUGGCGGGCGAACUCGCGAGAGUGAACCCGUCCGAAGGCCCAUCCGCGCCUACACAGCCGUACCCGCCUGCUGCUCCGGCGUGA